GUCACUUCCUGUCCAGUUCGAGGAGGGUCACGUGACGUGGUGGCGCUAGCUCGCCUGCGCCAGCGAUGUUUUCUUUCUGUUUGUCGUCCAAAGCUUUUCAGAGGCUGCGAUUCCUUCGUCAAAGGGUGACUUUUGGACCCGGUUCGACUCGUCGCGACCCGGAAACGCGGUCCCACCACCACUGCUCGGGGAGUUUGAGGGCGAUGACGACCGCGGUAGGCCUGUGCCGCGUCACGUGACCAGCAUGCGGCUGAGCGUUGGAUAAAAGAUGGCGUGAGCGCGGCGGAGCGGAGAGAAGACGAGCGACCUGCGACCCGGGCGGCUGGACGGAGCACAAAUGGAUCCAGGCCAGGAUCUUCUUCUCACUGCACUGAGCGAGAGCGGGAUUUGUCCCAAUGACCUCGGCCUGUUUGAUGUGGAUGCUCAGGAUGUGUCUCAGCCGGCAAUUGCCCAGCAGUCUAUCUCCAUCAGCGCUCUGGAUGUCGGUUUGGGAGCAGAGUCAAGUGAAGCGGUUAAACUUGAAGCUCCUGCUCCAGUUCCUGUUGUGACGGUCCGGCACAAGCCGCAGCCGUCCACCACCACCUUCGUGUUGAACCAGCUGAACCAACUGCCAUCGCUGGGUGCCUCUGCGACCAAGCAGUUGGUCAGCAACCCCAUCAAACACACCAUCACUGUCACCAAGGUGGUCCACGUCAACAAUGCAGCCAUGCGGGGCUCCUCCACCCCACCAGCCGUGGGCUGCACCCCCUCUGUGUCUUCAGCCGUGCCUUCUAGUAAAGAUGAGAUCCAGCUGAAAGACCUCCUCAGGACCGGUACCCUCAAGAGCACAGUGCUGAAGGGCAGCAGUCUGAUGGAGCUGAUGAAGCUGAAGCCUCCACCUGACAUCGCACCUCCUGUUGCCACAGCAGCAGCUGCAGGUGAGGUGAACGGUGUGAAGAAGGAGGUGGCAGGUAAAGACAGGAUGUGGGUCAGCGACGACAUGAAGCUGCCAAACUUCUCACACCCUCUGAAACCUCCAGGAAUGAAGGAGGAAGAGGAGCCGGAAGAGGAAGAGGAGGAAGAGCUGGGUCAUGCUGAGACCUACGCAGAGUACAUGCCCAUGAAGUUGAAGGUAGGCCUGCGACAUCCAGACCCCGUGGUGGAGACCAGCUCUCUGUCCAGCGUGAGUCCUCCAGACGUCUGGUACCGAUUGUCCAUUCCAGAGGAGACCAUCGACCGUGGGUGUCUGUCUGCCCUGCAGCUGGAGGCCAUCACCUAUGCGGCCCAGCAACACGAGACUUUCCUCCCCAGCGGGGACCGGGCUGCCUACCUGAUCGGGGAUGGAGCCGGGGUGGGAAAGGGGCGCACGAUCGCCGGGAUCAUCUAUGAGAACUACCUGCUGGGCAGGAAGAGGUCACUCUGGUUCAGUGUCUCAAAUGACUUGAAGUACGAUGCUGAGAGAGACCUGCGAGACAUCGGCGCAAAGAACAUCCAGGUCCACUCUCUGAACAAGUUCAAGUACGGGAAGAUUUCGUCCAAACACAAUGGCAGCGUGAAGAAGGGUGUCAUCUUCGCCACAUACUCCUCGCUGAUUGGGGAGAGUCAGUCUGGAGGGAAGUACAAGACUCGCUUCCAGCAGCUGCUGCACUGGUGCGGCGAGGACUUUGACGGCGUUAUCGUCUACGACGAGUGCCACAAGGCGAAGAAUGUUUGUCCGGUGGGCUCCUCCAAGCCCACCAAGACAGGACUGGCCGUGCUGGAGCUGCAGAACAAGCUACCCAAAGCUCGCGUAGUCUAUGCCAGUGCCACAGGAGCGUCUGAGCCCCGGAACAUGGCCUACAUGAACCGCCUCGGCAUCUGGGGACACAAGACUCCCUUCAGAGAAUUUGGGAACUUCAUCCAAGCUGUGGAGCGAAGAGGCGUAGGCGCCAUGGAGAUCGUAGCCAUGGACAUGAAGCUGCGGGGGAUGUACAUCGCCCGCCAGCUUAGCUUCACUGGAGUCACCUUCAAGAUUGAAGAAGUCCCACUGUCCCAGCACUACGUGGACAUGUACAACAAGUCUGUGCAGAUGUGGGUCAGCGCCCGGGAUAAGUUUCAGCAGGCCGCCAACCUGAUGGAGGCAGAGCAGCGCAUGAAGAAAUCCAUGUGGGGCCAGUUCUGGUCGGCCCACCAGAGGUUCUUCAAGUAUCUCUGCAUCGCCUCCAAGGUGCGCCGUGUGGUACAGCUGGCCCGGGAGGAGGUCCAGAACGGGAAGUGUGUGGUGAUCGGCCUGCAGUCCACCGGAGAGGCUCGGACUCUGGAGGCCCUGGAGGAGGGAGGUGGCGAGCUCAAUGACUUUGUCUCCACUGCCAAGGGAGUCUUGCAGUCAUUGAUAGAGAAGCACUUUCCUGCCCCGGAUCGGCAGAAGCUCUACAGCCUGUUAGGCAUCGACCUAUCAGCCACGAAGACUCCCCUGCCAGCCGAGAGCAGCGGGCAAGCUCAGGAGAAGAGCAAGAAGAGGAAAGGUCCAGAAGCGAAGAAGAUGAAGAAGCGUCCCCGCAAACACGGCGGCCUGUCAGGCACCAGCUCCGAUGAGAGCCAGUCGGAAGUGUCGGCCGCAGAGAGCGACGACAGCUUCAAGUCGGUGAGCUCAGCAGACGAGGAUGAUGACUUCAACCCUUUCAGGGACGAGUCAGAUGAAGACGACGAGGACGAUCCGUGGCUCAUCAGGAAGGAGCCCAAGAAACGCAAGGAGAAGAAGAGGAAGAGGAAGCGGAGGAAGAGCAUCGACCCGGACUCCAUUCAGAGUGCCCUGCUGGCCUCUGGACUUGGGUCAACCAGACCAACCUUCACAGCACCCGUUGCUCCUGCCAGCGCACCAACCACAGUGAAGGUGGCGAGUCCCAGCAGCUGCCAGACGAGUCAGGAUGCGGUGGAGCAUGCUCAGAGGAUGAAGCGGGAGCUGCUGGAUGAGCUGGAAGAGCUGGCCGAGAUGCUUCCGCCCAACACCUUAGAUGAGCUCAUUGACGAGUUGGGAGGACCUGACAACGUCGCAGAGAUGACCGGACGUAAAGGUCGUGUGGUCAGCAACGACGACGGCACCAUCACAUACGAGUCUCGCUCGGAACUGGAUGUUCCGGUUGAAAUCCUCAACCUGACGGAGAAGCAGCGCUUCAUGGACGGAGAGAAGAACAUUGCCAUCAUCUCUGAAGCAGCCAGCUCAGGAAUCUCGCUGCAGGCCGACCGGCGGGUCAAGAACCAGAGGAGGAGAGUCCACAUGACACUGGAGCUUCCGUGGAGCGCCGACAGAGCCAUCCAGCAGUUCGGGAGGACUCACCGCUCCAACCAAGUCACAGCACCUGAGUACGUCUUCCUCAUCUCUGAGCUGGCUGGAGAGCAGAGGUUCGCAUCCAUCGUGGCCAAGAGACUGGAGAGCCUGGGGGCUCUCACUCACGGAGACAGACGAGCAACGGAGACUCGAGAUCUCAGCAGAUUCAACUUUGACAACAAAUACGGCAGGAACGCUCUGGAGAUCGUGAUGAAGUCCAUCGUGAGACUGGACAGCCCUCUGGUGUCUCCACCAGCAGACUUUAAAGGAGACUUCUUUAAAGAGAUCCAGGGCGGACUCAUCGGCGUGGGCCUGAUCAACGUGGAGGACCGGUCUGGAGCCCUGACUCUGGACAAAGACUACAACAACAUAGGAAAGUUUCUGAACCGAAUCCUGGGCAUGGAGGUCCAGCAGCAGAACGCUUUGUUUCAGUACUUCUCAGACACACUGUCCGCCGUCAUUCAGGAGGCCAAGAGGAACGGCAGAUAUGACAUGGGCAUUCUGGAUCUGGGCUCAGGUGACGAGAAGGUGAAGAAGGUGGACUGUAGAAAGUUUCUGACGCCAGGGUACACCACCUCAGGACAUGUGGAGCUCUUCACAGUGAGUGUGGAGCGAGGAAUGUCCUGGGAGGAGGCCACGCAUGUGUGGGCUGACCAGAAUGGGCCGGACGACGGGUUCUAUGUGCAGAUGAGGAACAACAAGAAAACAUCCAUCCUGGUCAAAGAGGUCAACAGCAAGAAGAGACUGUUUCUGGUCUACAGACCCAACACGGGCCGACAGCUGAAGCUAGAGCUCUACAGUGACAUCAAGAAGAAGUUCAAGAAGGUUCUGUCAGAAGAUGCCAAGCAGCACUGGAACGAUCAGUACCUUUCCUCGGCCAAGAUCUGUUCCCACGCCUUCUGGCGGGGAAACUGCAAGAAGGCCUCAGUGGGUCUUCAGUGUGAAGUCGGUCUUCGCUGCAGGACCUUCUACGUUCUGUGUGGCUCCGUCCUCAGCGUUUGGAAUGAGCUGGAGGAAGUUCUGACUCCGGUCAGUGGGACCAACGUGAAGGUCCAAAUUGUCCGUCUAAGAACUGAAGACGGGCAGAGGAUUGUCGGUCUGAUCAUCCCGGCCAACUGUGUGUCCCUGCUCAUUAAUAAAUUGUCCACAUCGGAUCAGAACCAACAGCUGGCCGUGCAGGAGCAGCAGAAGCGGCUGCAGCUUCACCCUCAGAGCUUCAGCCACACGCCCACAUAGUGGGAGAGGGGUGCCGCGGUUCAGACCCGGCUCCCUGCCUCUCUGCACCACAAAGUCUGGGACCGCCUGUCCCGCCACUGACCCGCAGGUCCGAAUGGCCAGCGGCGUGUACAAAGAUGUCGGCGUUAGUCUUCUGACAUUUAGAGCCAAAGAUUUGAGAAGAUGACCCGAAACCUUCACCCGCCGUCCGGAACCACGACCCACCACAAACCGAUCCAGUCGACACUAAUACCAACUUGGUAUCUGUAAUUGCAUGAAAUGAACAAUCUUCUUCUGGAUCGUCCUGAUGUUUUCCACAUGUGCCUUCAGUGCCAGAUCAGAUGGGUCGGAACAGGCCAGCGCAGUGACCCAGUUCUGGUUGUUCCUGCAUGAACCCUGAACAUUUUUGUUAAGUACCUGUAGUACUCGGUCUAGCCCGUCUUCAAACGGGACCCAGCUGUCCGACUCAAAUCAUCAGAACUUUCAGGGAACUUUCAGCAAGUCCAGCUUUGGUUCUGAUUCUGUCGAGGCAACGUCUGGGUCCAGCCUUCCUCUACGACCAAGCCAGUCCUGUUUCUGGACUGCUUGGGUUGGUCGGAAAUAUCAUUUGUUGUUUUGACAGAGAUUCUGUUGGACUGCACUGACUCGACCCGAACGCUCAAUAAAACUUUGUUGCUUCUUC